AUGAAUCAAAACCUUAAUGAGAAAACUGAAAAAAGAAUAAUUAUUGAUUUAUCAAAAGAAGAUUUUAUUAAAACAAUAUUAUCGUUGUUAAUAAAAAAUGGUUGUAGUUUUUUAAUGUUUGAUUGCAAAUAUGUUAAAAAUUUAUUAUUACCAUAUUUAAAAGCUUUCGAUAUAACUCUUAAUAGACAUACUAUUGGAAAAUUUGUUACUGAAAAUGCAACUCUCAAACAUAAUCAGAUUAUAAAAAGAUUAAACAAUCGAAUAUUAUCUAUUAAAUUUGACACCACCAUGAGAUUUGGAAAGCAUUUUAUUUCCGUAAAUUGUCAAUAUUUUGAUACACAAAUUGUAUGUUUAAAUCUUUCUGUCAAACAAUUAAAAGGACCAGGUUCUGUAGAUAACAUUGCCAAAUAUAUAAAUGAAAUAUUAAAAAACUUUCAAAUAAAAAAACACAAAUUAUCGCUGCAACGAUAG